ACAUUCGUUGAAAUAGCUGAAAAAUAUAUAAUGAAACUUUCACAUCCCAAGUGUACAAUAGGGUGGAAAUAUGUUUUUUAACCGAUGCAAAUAGGAAAUUAAUUUGGAAAAUUUAUUAAAAAUAAUUUAAAUUUAUGAAAUUUUUACGAAAAUCCUUAUGUGAUUGACAAAAUAUAAACCUUGCUUGUUCAAUUUUUUUUUUUUUUUUGUUUUUGAAGGGGAACCUUGCUUGUUCAAUUGUGCUGUUGAUUUGAUUAACAAACUAAACGGCGCUGAACUAGAGUUAGGCGCUCAUCACGAAUUCACAUCCCUUGUUCAAAAAAUCCAAUUUCCAUAAACUCUUCUUCAGAUUCAACGCUAAAAUUCGACGCAAAACAUGUUCAACACCAAUAACAUCAUCAACAACAACAGCAUCUCAAUCCCAGUUUCCGACGAAGAUUCCGAUUAAUACACCGCAAGAAUGAGAGCCCGAGUCCGCCGGAAACGGAAGAAAUCGGCAAACUUCCGAUCCAACGCCGAAUUAACUCGUCGAAUCGUUAGGAAGCUCGCUAAAUGGUGGCCUCUCUUGGUUUUCCUUCCUGCUAUGGCGUUGCUUCUUUUCGAAGCUUCUCGACUCGGCCGGAGACACAGUCAUGAUGAAUUAAGCCAUGAAAGUAAAUUCAAUUUUACUCGGACGAUGCUGGAUUCACAUGUGGAUGUGAAAUUGAAUCGUCUUGACCCUAUUUAUCAUAAUGUCGGUGGUGUCAAAGAGCGUUGCUUGCCAAUCCUGUCAGCUGAUGAUCUUGAGAUUCUUGAUAUCCCUGCAGAAUUGAAAAGUUCAAAAGGUCCUGUUAAGAAUGUGAUAUAUAUUUCAGAAGAUAAUGACCCUUAUGCCGGAGAAAAUUCAACAUACUCUUUUCAGAAAAGAAAACCUGGAAGAUCUAGCUUAUUUACAGGGUACCAAUCACUAGUUCAAAGGGAGAAGAGUUUCAAGGUGACGGAAACUCCUGUGGUGCAUUGUGGUUUUUAUAGUGAAAAUGGAGGAUUUAAGAUGUCACUUGAGGAUGAAAAAUAUUUGCGAACUUGCAAGGUUGUUGUCUCUACUUGUGCAUUUGGCGGUGGAGAUGAUCUUUAUCAACCUAUAGGGAUGUCGGAGGCAUCCCUUCAAAAGGUCUGUUAUGUUGCCUUUUGGGAUGAGAUCACCCUUGCUACACAGGAAGCACAGGGGAGGAAAAUUGGUGAUGACCAUUAUAUUGGCAAGUGGCGGAUUGUGAUUGUCAAGAAUCUCCCUUUUCCUGACCAGCGGUUGAAUGGUAAAAUUCCUAAGAUGUUGGGCCAUCGGUUGUUUCCAAAUGCAUUAUAUUCCAUUUGGGUUGACUCAAAGUCUCAGUUUAGGAGGGAUCCCUUGGGCGUUCUGGAAGCACUGCUUUGGCGAUCGAAGUCUGUUCUUGCAAUUUCACAGCAUGGCGCUCGCAGUAGUGUGUAUGAUGAGGCUAAGGCUGUUGUCAAGAAAAAUAAGGCAACCCCAGAGGAAGUAGAGGUGCAACUUACUCAAUACCGCCUUGAUGGGCUUCCCGAAGACAAAAGAUUUAAUGGAAGGAAAGCUCUAGCUGAAGCUUCCAUCAUUGUUAGAGAACACUCACCCUUAACCAACCUGUUCAUGUGCCUUUGGUUCAAUGAAGUGGUUCGCUUUACAUCCCGGGAUCAGCUCAGCUUUCCUUAUGUUCUCUGGCGGCUGAAAGUCCUGAAUGAUAUUAACAUGUUCCCUGUAUGCACCCGCAAAGAUCUUGUUAAUAGUAUGGGACACAUACGCAAGGCAAAACCAUUAGUCACUUGAACUGCACUUACAAUUCUUUAACAUUUCUUUUUUAAGCUCGUUUUGGAGCUUGAUAGAAAGCAGGUUGUAGACAUUGACUGCUGAUAUGCUACAUCAAACAUGAUUAACUGGAGCCCGAUAAUGGAAAUGCUAUUCUACCUUGCCGUACAGUUCCUAGCCUCCAUACCACUGCUAGAGCUCUGAGCUGCAGAAUGUGAUGAUGCAGCGAGCCUCAUUCUUUCAAAUAUAACUGGUUUAGCAUCCAUGAAAGUCAAAGAGAAAGGAGAGAAACCUAGAGAGAGAACUGUACAUUUUAUGUUGUAAAUUUUAUUUUAUUUGAAUGUUUUUUCACAAGGCAUUAUUUUUUUUGUAUGUGAUGUAGGCUAUUCAUUUGUUUAACUAUACAAUUGCCUUAGAUUAGUUGAUUUGAGAGUUUGAGAUCUAACUAGCUUAUGGUCCAUUAUUGUUUUGACGAACACUUGUAAAAUCAGGAAAGAAAAAUAAAAAAAAAUUGUAUUUUCUCUGUUCCUUUUCUUUUCAUUGUUUCCUUGCCUUCGAUUUUAAAUGUAAUCUUGUGUUUGUGCGCGCGCUUGUCAUUGUACACUAGAAUUCUAUCUAUUAUCUAGGUUAAUAAAUUCAAUUUAUCCAUGAUGUCAAAAAAAAAAAAAAAAAAUCACUUUAUCUUUUCAUAAAGUUGGGUUCGAUAAGAAUAUACUUCUCCCGUUCCUUUUUAUUUUAUUAAAUAACAGAUGUUUAUGUAUCUCCUACAUAUUGAAGUAGCUCUUUGUUAUCAUGUUCCCGUUCUUUCAAAUGACUAGUUCUGGUAUGUGAAUGUGCGUAUUUUUGCUGUGUGGUCACAGUGAAUUAUCUCUUUAUACGGAUGCGUUUUUCACCUUUGGUUAAGUGAUCUUUAUUUUCUGUUACUGGGUACUCUUUCCUGAUACUUGUGUAAGAUAGAAGUUUGUUAGAUGGUUGAGCACAAUACCUUGCUCAACAUUUGUUCUCUAUUGUGAUGAGUGAGGUUGGCGUAAGGGCUGAUCAUCUGUCGGCGUAGGCAAGUGAUGAGUUUCUAUGACUCGAAUUCUUGUAUCUGAUCCUUAUAUACUCCAUUCAGGCAGGCUUACUUAUGUUUCUGAUUUUUUUUUUUUUUU